AUGGCACCCCCGCAGAUCCCGAUUCCACCAUUGGGCCUUGCCACAGCGCGAGGAGCUUUACUCCUUGAUAUCAGAGUCGACCAUGCUCUCCCAGGAACGCGUGGCAAGCAAUUGACUGCGGCGCAAGAAGCCGUCCUCUGGACUCUCUAUUUGCAGCAUGAUCCCUUCCCCCUCGAAACCAAAUUGCCUGGCAAAAGAUUUUGGAUGGAUCUUGCGGUGAAGUUUCAAGAGCGGACUGGGCGUUCGUACUCGUGGUUGUCUGUUAAGCGGCGGGUUGUGGCUUUGCUUAUUGCUCGUGGGAUUCCGGUGGAAUGGCGUUCUCGACCAACGAGGUUGCCGAUGCUGGAGGCUGGAUCGCCGGAGGCUGCGGUGCAGUCUGGUAGAGGGUUGUCCCAUGAUGGUUUUGGAGGGGAGAGAUCGGUACCUGAAUUUGGCACUGUUUGUGAAGAGCAUAGUGAGAAUAAAGCUCUUGAUACUCCGUGCUUGUCGCAGAGGGCGACAAUCAAUCAGAGACUGGAACAGCUUCAAAGCUCCCAGGUCAAAACAAAGUCCGCGCCCACGCCCGAGAAACGAACUGGAUCUGUUCGUGAAGAACAUAAAGAUCUUGAUGAAUCGCAAGUUUCACGGCGAUCGACGUUCAGUCAGAGAAUUGUACAGCUCCAGAGCUCCAGAGUCAAGCCAAAGACCACAUCCACAUCCAAUAAAAGCACGAAGACUGUUAGUGACUGGAUCAAAAAGAACAACUCGACCUCGCUUCCAGACAAGGUUGGUAAUGACGCAGAGCCCAGACUUGGUUCCCAGAGCCCUUGUCCCGUACAAUUCAGAUCAUUCUCAAUUACCAAAUCCCGGGCUCAAUCACGAUCUCCCCAAUUCAACGGACAUCCCGUAUACCGCACUGGAUCACCAGAUUUGAAUGGAAGGAUGGAGCAUCGCUCUAAACGACUACAGGAUCAGUUAGCCUCUGCUUGGACUCCACGGACUGAAUCGAGAAAACGGAAAUUUCCUGACAUACCAAGACAUGACUUGUCCUGUCGCAAUGAUCCGCAUGUUGUAGUUCAGAAGUGCCGCAGUCCACUUAAAUCAAACAGUGCCCAUGAAUCCUUUGAGGAUAUUCACCCGCUGUCUCACAAAAAUGGCUCUGAAUCUCCGCACAAAGCAAUGAGUGGACAGCCUGAUAUCGAUUCAAGUUCAUCGGAUGAUGAAGAUAACUUGCCGGAAACGCCCGUUCGGAUUGUGAGAAGGUGCCGUGAAGCUAAGUAG